UGAGUCCACUGUUUUUGCGAUCUGGUCUUCCAAUACUGAUGAGCCUCCGCCGCUCAGAGGUAUUUGGAUUACCAAGAAAGGAAAUGUUACAGAUUUAUGGUCAAAUCAUCCUAUGACUGAUUCAAUACUCUACCCUUGCAUGUUUUUGCUUGGGGACGAGGGUUAUUCAACAGAAAUACCAUAUAUUAAGAUAGCUAAAAAGCCUAAUAAUGCUAAAGACGACUUUGAUACCGACAAAUCGGAAACCGGUUCCAUUGCUGAAAGCGAUUGUGGUUCUGUUGAUAUUUAUGGUGACGAACCCAGCCGUUCUCGCCCCAAUCUUUCAUUUAGAGCUUUUUAUCGUUAUCGCUUUGGAAUUCGGUACCCGGAAAAUGAACAUUAUCAUCAUAUUUGGAGUACUGGUGGCGGAUUGGGACAAAAAUUUGCUCUUGAUAUUGCUGCUAGAAUUGAUUCGCAAGUAUUUGAAUACUUACGUCAGCCAGAUAUGGAUUUAAGAUGUGAAGUUGUGCCUGAACUUUUAGACUAUUUUGCUAAGCAUGCUGGCAAAUCCUCCGCAGACAAAGUAGGACAUGUAGUUCUCUUUAGAAGUUAUAUGCCUGGCUUCAGGGCAUACUUUAAGAAAAAUUAUAAAUCUGCGUGCACGAUUAUUAAUCGUAAACGCAAGCGAGGAUGCGCCAUGUUUAUGUUCACGUUCACUUCGAAUCCAAACUGGCCUGAAAUGCAAAAUGAACUUUACCCCAACGGUCAAGCAUUGAUUGAUCGUCCUGACAUUGUCAUGCGUUUUUACGCAGAUAAAGUUAGAGAGAGUGAUGGCUACUGAUAUUCCUGCUAUACCGGAGAUUAUUGAAGGUUACAUUCUUGCCCAUAUUCCGCCACUGCCAGAUAAGGAUGAUAAAAGCCCACGAGCCGAAGGUGAAAGACGCCUUCG